AAGGGAAAGGAGGGUUCUGCGCAGGCGCAGAUAAGCCUGUUGCAGGGCAACCAAUCAGCUCCUGUCUUCUCCGCUGGAUUGCUAUUUUACGCAUGCGCAGGGCGGAAAAUUUGAACUGAAGGGACGGUUAAAUGGAAUUGUUGUCGCGGCGGAGGUUUUGACGGUGAGGAGAAAAACAGAUUUGGAAAGGAUGAAGAAAGGCAUAAAUGCCAAACAGCCAGAAGAAACAUUGCCUGCUAUCUCUAGCAAGGACACAAAGAAUACUGUCAGCAACGAUGCACAGUGUGAUAAAGCCCCACAGAUGUGUAUCAGUGACAGUCAAAGUCUUCUUGAAGAAGCACUUGACUAUUUGAAGAAAGUAAAAGACCGCACUUCCUCGAAGAAUGAGAUUCUACAAAAACACUUGGCAACUGUGGAAAAUAUUGCCCAAGAAAGAGGCUUGAAAGCAAAAGAAAUUCAUGUGUUGCUGAAAGUGGCGCUUAGUGGCAAGUUUGCUGAAACUGUAAAUAGUCGAUUGCUGAAGAACUUGAUUCCCACAUCCACAAUAUCAGAUGAUUCAAUUGUUUCAGCUGUGUCUUGGCUUUGUGUUGGCAAAUGUUCUAAAAAUACUCAGGCAACCUUUUUAAAAUGGAUGAUUGCAAUGUUUGAAUUCAUUGAUCAGAAGGAAAAGAUUAAUGCUCUCUAUGGCUUCUUCUUCAACUUCUUACAAGAUGUAAAACUGUUCCCCUUUGCCUGCCACGUGCUUUACUUGCUGACCAAAAGAGAGAAUGUGAAACCUUUCCGUGUGAGGAGGCUCCUCGAUCUACAAAACAGGCUGGGACCUGAGCCUCCACUGCAAGCCCUGCUAUUGUUGUACAAAAGCUUUGCUCCGGAAAUGGUAUCUGUGACUCUACCCUCGAAGAUAAAGACACGGUUUAAGAAUUCGGAAAACCUGUGGAAAUCAGCAAUCGGUGCCAUAAAAAGGCGGGUCUAUGGGGAACCUACAUCUAAGCCUGAUAACAUAGGUGUUGGCUGUCUCCAGUCACGGAAGAGAAAAUUGAACUCCAUGUUGGUUCUUCCUGCAUGUACCUCCAGCUCUGGUCGUUCAAAUGAGAGUCAAAAGCCCAACAAUACUGAUAUCCUCCAUCACACUAAGUUCUUUCCAGUGGAGCAGCUGCAGACCUUCUCCCAGCUUCUGGAAAACAUUCAUUGUUUAGAGUUCCCUUCGCGGAUAGGCUCAGUGUUAGGAAAUCCACUAUUGUUGCACUACAUCAAUUGUGUGAAAGAUGACUCUGUCUACCAGAGGAUGUAUUACUGGAUGGGUCAAACAUUCAGAGAAGAGUGUCCUUGGUAUAAGAUUGAGAACCAGCAAAAUGAAUUGGAGUUCAGUAACUUUUUGGACACAGUCUUGGAAGCCGAAUGUUUCCUGCAGGAGGGUUUCUCAUCCUGUGAGGAAUUCUUGUACAGGAGCCUCCCCUUCUGGGAUGGCUGCUGUUGUCGGGCACAGGUUCUGCAGUUGGUGAGUUGGAUCCCUCUCAGCACUUUCUCAGAAAUGAAGCCUUACCUCUGCCGGCCAUUGACACAACUUUUCAUUACAUCAUCUCUUUAUUUUAAGUGUAGUGUUCUUGAAAGUCUGAGGGAUCUGUUAAUAAACUGGCUGAACUGGCAUAUGGUGCAAGCGGACAUGGCAACAGAGUUGUAUACUGAUGUCUUGAACACAACACUUUCUGGGGUAGUCAACUCUGUGGAAGAGGCCAUCCACUUUGUAGGCUGGCUUUCAACUAUUGCUCUGCGUUUGGAGAACAAUUCUGCAUUCUUGAUGCAUUUCAUCCUGGACUUCUAUGAGAUAGUGUGUGAUGUGUAUCAGAAGUACAAUCUCCCAUUGGUUAUAAUGCCACCUGCUGGGGUCUUCUAUCCAGCACUGCUCAGUAUGGAUCCUGUCUCGAUCGACCGUCUCUGUCGUAUUAUGUACAGGUAUCGAGCCAACUUAUUAUCUGCAAAACAAAAUCAGCAAGCUAAACAGUUCAUGUUUAGCAACCAAACGUGCCAAGAGUACAACCAAUACAUCACUGCCAUGGUUGGGUGCCUGUGGACCUCAAAUGCAUUCCAGAAAGACCUCCACCCCUUGGGCCUUUUUAUGGACUCCGAAGUGCUGGAGAAGACCAAGGUGCAGGAAUGCAGGAAGGGCCUGAACUUAGUUUACCACCCUGCCUUGACAGGCUAUGCAAUGAUGUUCUUGGAGCAGGCUCAACCAAAAGAAAAAGUUCCUAACUUCAAAUUAAUUCAGGGGAGGAGAUGGGAUUGGUACCUGGAAUAUCUCUACUCCCAAGACUUACAAGGCCUGAAACUCUUCAUUGAGAGCAGCAUCAACCGUGUAUCUCACUCUUCUCAGAAAAAAGCAAGCAAGGUGUCGGAAACAACAGACUGAUUGGUUUUUACUCCUCUUCUUAUCUGAGCUAAAACAUUUGGAGGUUGCUGUGCUCCUGUUUUUGAGUCAUUUCCACAGUAUUAUUAGAUACCUCAAGGUUGCAGCACUAGUGGAGCUGGCUCCCUGCACCGUGCAACAUGCAACCUUCGAUUAUUUUGGGAGCACAUCUUCUGAGUAAAGAACAAAACCUUAACAAAAAAGGGUUGCCUCUCCAACAUGGACCAGCAUUUUUUUUUCAUUCCUACAAAAUGAGGAAAACUGCUUCAGGCUUUGCUUGGAAACCUUCAGAAGAUCGGAAAUGACCAUACUUUAGAGGGAAAUAGCAUUACUUCUUGUAGUGUGACUGGUGGCUUCCACAGCAGUUGGAACAUCUGGGUGUUGGAUUUCAUUUUUGAUCAGUACCACAAGGACACUGCAGCAGUUACAGCGGCUGGCAAAAUCCAAGGGGUGUGUGUAUGUGUGUUACUCUGUACAUAACUGUAUAAUAGCUAUUUAUGCAACAAAAUGUGGUCUGUAAUUUAUAUGCUUCUGCUUUUUGUCGUAUUAGAGAAAUUCACCUUUAAAAGGCGUCUUUCCAUCUCUCCUUGUACAAAGUAUAUCCACAGAACCCAAUUUUUGUUUGUUGAUAUUUCUUAGGUUUUUACUCUAGAAUGUUUGUUUUUGAAGGGAUCCUCAAAUCAGGCAAUGGGGUCCUGGUAGUGGUAUCAAAGGAAACCUUCAGUAAGCCUGUGUUAUCCCUACUAAAUGUUUCCUUAAGUACUUGGCAGAGACAAACAAGUCUUUUACAGAUGAUGAUAGUUGGCUGCCUUUGACUUUCCUUACUACUGUCUCUUUGUUAAACCAAGAUAAAUGUUCAGGGAAAUGGCAAUGUAUGCUUACAACCUUCAAAAUGUACCUAUCAUAACAGCAAGGUGCCAGUGAUGGACUGACCAUUGUAUGCAUUGUUGAGGGCUGAAGAUCCCUUUACAUACUUGGAAACGUGUUCUUGUCUCAAUUAGAUCUAAUUCUACUCUUUUCUGCCUUUCCUAUGUACUUGGGGCUCUUGGUGUUUCUUGUGAUGAAUUCUUUCAGCCAGAUCCCUGCACUAGAUUCUCUAAGAUGGUUUGCAAAGGCAUGAAAACAAACAAAAUGAAUUAAAAAUACUAAUAUUAGUAGUUAAGUAAUAUCUUGUAUAAAUAAGAGAAACAAUUAGAGAUUUUGAUUCAAGAGGAUUAAGUUAUGUUUUAUGUGUUUGAAACAGCUGUCAAAUGGCUCUGGGACUUUGAGUCUACCCUUUGUCUCUUCAAAGCCUUAUUCUUUUCUCUGGUGAUUUAUGUUUUCACUCAUCUCCCUACAAUUUCAAAUUGCCUAUUACACGAUUUAAAAUAAAGAAAUCACAUUUUGCAACGUU